AUGUCUGGGAGAGCAUCGAGUCGCUCCGCCGCCAACGCAUACGCCAACAGCUUCAGGAGCGAUGCCGCGGCCAGCAGUAACAGUAAGAAGCCUACCACGUCGCCCCAGAUGGGAUCUUCGGCGACGGGGGCAGGUGCGUCUGUCCAUCACAAGCGAUCGGCCUCGGGAAACCCUAGGCAGGUAGAGGAGCGGCGACACGAGGAACGCAAGGUCACCGAGCGCACGUAUGAGGCCCACAUACAGCGACUAGUACCACGGUCGGGCACGCCGGAAAGGGAACAGAGGCGGCCGGAGAGGAGAACGACGGCGCCCACGGCGACGGCAGACGCGCCCAGGCAAAAGGCUCAGGCACAAGAGCAGAAGCCUAGGGCUGAAACGCCUCCAGCACAAUGGAACCCUGAAGUCACGUUGCUGCCACACACGACGGCACCCCUCGCGUCGCGCGUGUCGAUACCUCCGCUCUCGUCGACGGUGCCCCAGGCAGCCAAGCCCACCCCGAUGAGCGAGCUGAGCCUGGAAGUUCAGGAGGCGGUCAUCGUUGAGGACCUGCUCUUCGUGCUGAUGGGGUACGAGGGCCAGUACAUCCGGUUCGAAAAGGGGUACAACCCGGACGAGGAGAGGGACAGGUUGACGGGCCCGUCGUUCAAGAUCAUGCCGGGGCUGGACCCGAGCCUCCACGAUUUGGCGCAGUCGAUGCUCAAGAUGGCGACGUACUACACUGCGCUCGAGGCGUUUGUCGACGUGCAGAGCAGGGAGCAGUACGGGUCCGUCAGCCAUGCGCUGUGCGCGUCGGUGCGGCGGAUGCUGCACGACUACCUAGUGCUGAUUGCGCAGCUGGAGACGCAGUUCCUGACGAGCGACAGCUUCACGGUGCACGUGCUCAACAUCCAGACGACGUCGACGCAGCAGAUGAUGCUGCAGCUAUACACACUGGCGCACGAGCUGCUCAAGCGCAACGCCCUGCUAGAUGAGGACGACGAGGAGGAUGACGACGACGACGACGACGCCGACGACUACGACAACAUCCUGGAGACGCUCCGCGACGGCGGCGAGCUCAUGCCCGGAAACAUGGCUCGCAAUAAGAUAUGCAAGGGUGGCGCCACCAUCGGCCUGGUGACGCGCAGGCUCGAGGCAAUGUCGGGCGAUCCGGCGGCGCGGGCGCUGCUGACGACGCUGCUGCGCGACGCCAGCAAGCCCUACAUGGCCAUGCUGAACGAGUGGCUGCACCACGGCGGCAUCAACGACGCGCACUCCGAGUUCCUCAUCAAGGAGCAGAAGAGCAUCCGGCGCGAGCGCCUGGAGCAGGACUACACGGACGAGUACUGGGAGCGGCGGUAUACGAUCCGCGAGAACGACGUGCCGCCGCAGCUGGCCAGCGUCAAGGACAAGGUUCUCCUGGCGGGCAAGUACCUCAACGUGGUGCGCGAGUGCGGCGGCGUGGACGCGAGCAGGGUGGUCGAGGACGUGCCUACGUCGUUUGAUGACGCGCGCUUCCUCGAGAACGUCAAUAACGCCUACGCGCACGCCAACGAGUCGCUUAUGCGGCUGCUCAUCUCGACUCACAACCUGCCCCUCCGGCUCCGGUCCCUCAAGCACUAUUUCUUCCUCGAUCCGUCCGACUACUUCUCGUACUUCCUCGAGCUGGGCGCGUCGGAGCUGCGCAAGCCCAUAGCCAAGGUCAACACGGGCAAGCUCCAGUCGCUGCUCGACCUGGUGCUCCGGCAGCCGGGCAGCAUCGUCUCCCUCGACCCCUUCAAGGAAGACGUCAAGGUGGAGAUGAAUGAGAUCACCCUGACCAAGUCUCUCCAACGCGUCGUCAACAUCACGGGCAUCGAGCAGGGCGAGGCCCUCCUCCAGCAGCAGCAGCAGCAGCAGCAGCAGCAGCAGUCAAUGGGCGGUGGUCAGUCGUCGUCGGCCGACAGCGACAAGAACGCCACGGGCUACACGUCGCUCCAGCUUGACUACGCCGUCCCCUUCCCCGUGUCGCUCGUCAUCAGCCGCAAGACGGUCUGGCGCUACCAGGCCCUGUUCCGCUACCUCCUCUCCCUGCGCUACCUCGAGUCGCAGCUCGCCAACACCUGGCAGACCCAGACCCGCGGCAUCAGCUGGGGCCACAAGGGCUCCAACCGCCGGCUCGAGAUGUGGAAGCGCAGGGUGUGGACGCUCCGGGCCCGCAUGCUCGUCUUCGUUCAGCAGCUGCUGUACUUCUGCACCGCCGAGGUCAUCGAGCCCAACUGGUCCAAGUUCAUGGAGCGUCUGAGCAUCAGGGAUGACGACCACGACCACGGACCCCGUCGUACCACCGGCAGCCGCUUCACCCGCACCGUCGACGAGCUCAUGCAGGACCACGUAGACUUUCUCGACACCUGUCUCAAGGAGUGUAUGCUGACCAACAGUAAACUCCUCAGGAUCCACUCCAAACUGAUGCAAACAUGCACCAUUUUCGCCGCUUAUACAAACUGGCUGACUCGCGAGCUCGAGAGAUCCGACCCCGACUUAUCCUCCUCCAACAAACCAUCCACCAUGACAACAGACCAGUGGAACCGUUUCCAGGCCGCCACCGCCGCUACCGCCACCUCCAGCAAGACGGCGGGGGACAGCCCGGCCGAGGCCGAGGCUCGCAUCGACAACCUGUUCGAAAUCAUACGCAAGUGGGAGGCAAACUUCAGCAGACACCUGCAGAUCCUCCUCGACGCCCUCAACCACUACGCCGCCACCGAGACUGUCGUCCUGCUCAGCCUAUGCGCCAGACUCAGCACCGCUAAUCAGGGUACCGAGUAUGCUGGGCUCAGGAAUGAUGAGGACGUAGCCUAG